AUGUCCUCCUCCGCAACAACAUCCUACGCCGACCACACGGCCGACCUCUACUGCACAAUCUACGGCAACGAGCUCGAACGCCAGAGCGACGUCUACACGCAGAACAACAUGGAGCUAUUCGAGAAGGUCUGGGUCGCCGGCCGGGGCACCGCCGAAAACGAGGGAAACGGCGGAACAACACACACCAAAACCGCAUCCGAGAAGCAGAAGCAGGGGGGUGGGAAGGGGGAUGAGGGGGAAGACGCAGAGGAGCAGGAAGCAGCAGCAGCAGCCAAGGACGACCCGGCGGCCAACAUCCCCAGCGACUGGCCAGAGAUCCCAGACCAGGGCCCGUCGUCGAUGCUGUGGACCUGCAGCAUCUGCGAUAAGCGGAUGGGCAUCUUCUCCCGCACCGAGCACCUCGCCAGCGAGCACCCGCCCAAAGAGAAAGAGAAGCGGGCACGGAGGGUGAAGAAGAAGAAGGCCGACUCCGAUGCAAACACGCCAAUGUGGCAUUGCGAGCUGUGCGAUGAGGAGGUCAACAUCUUCUACACCGCCGAGCACACCCAGGGGAAGAAGCACGUCCUGAAGCUCAAGCAGAGCGGGGACUACCAGUACGCCCCGCCUUCCGAGGAGUUUAUCGAGCACAGGGCGGUGUACAAGCCGCAGGAGGGGGAAGCGGUUCUGGCGGGAGAUGACGUGGAGACAGAGGAGUAUCCGGCAGGGGGCGAGGUGUACGAGGAGGAGGAGAGUGCGGUUUACAAGCCAGAGAAGGGGGAAGAGGGUCACGAUGAUUGGGAGCCCGAUGGAAACGCUGGUGGUGGCGGAGAGAAGCUGGAAGAGAGUGCAGCCUACAAGCCGGGAGAAGAGGAAAAGGAAGAGGAAGAGGAAGAGGAAGAGGAAGAGGAAGAGGAAAAGGAAGAGGAAGAGGAAGAGGAAGAGGAAGAGGAAGAGGAAGAGGAAGUGGAAGAGGAAGUGGAAGAAGACGAAGAUUGGGAAGUGGAAGACAGAAAAGUCUACCGGCCUCUAUCUGACGAACCUCAACGUUCAAGGUUCUAUGGGCGAGAGAAACUGCUCAGGGCCCCACUUCCUCCUCCUCCUCCCCCAGCCGUGUCGUACCCAGCUCGAACACCAGCGGCCAUGGGCUAUCCCGGGCAGCUACCGGCGGGCAGCACAAGAUAUCCAGCGCAGCAACCAGCGGUGCAUCCUCUGUUUCGACAAGCCACACAGCACCCAGUCCCGCAGCAGCAGCAGCAACAACAACCACCGUCCCAGUCCCGCUACAAUCAGCACCUCUCGCAGAUGCCCGGCAGCAGCCACCAAGCGCAGGACCCGCUCAGCUCCCAGACCGCCGUCCACAUCCAGGUGCCGACAUUCUACUGCGACCUCUGCGACACCGACUACCCCAUCAGCGAGCAGAGCCAGCACUCGGAGGCCACCUUCGAGUGCAUAAUCUGCGACGAGGAAUACCACGCCAAUGAACAUGCCGCCCACCUGGCUAGCAAGGACCACAUGGAAAACGCAAGAGCACAGGGCUAUACGCCCAUGUCUGCAAUGCCGAUGGUCCACCCUCUUCCUCCUCCUCCUAUUCUUCCUCCUUCUCCUACCCCUGCUGCUGCCGCCCCCGCUCCUCCGAAGCCCUUGCGCUUCCACUGCGAGCUCUGCGACAAGACGAUGGGCGCAGACUCCCGGGCAAGCCAUCUCGCCGGCAGCAAGCACAAGGCCAAACAGCAAGAAUUCGCCGCCGCCCACGCCGCCAGGAAGGCCCAGCGCCGAUCCUCUGCCCCCCGAUCGCCGCGCCCCAGCCAAAAGCGCGAGGCCGCAAAGGCGAGGGAACAGUUUGUUCCGUCGGCGGAGUCUGCCGCCUCGGGGCGUGUGACCGAUACGAUAUACUGCGAGACGUGCAAGAGAACCAUCAGUGUAAAUGCCUGGCCGUACCACCAGGCUGGCCGCUCACAUCAGGAGAAGGAGGCAAAAUUAGCGGUAGGAACCCACCGGAAGUCUGCUAGCACCUCGAACGUAGCCAGGUCGACAAGCAGCCAGGACUCCGGCCCCGCCUUACGGAGCUGGGACCCGACUCCAGGCGCUGGACGUCCCGGUGCUCCUCAGACCAUGCAGUACAGGGUAGAGCAGUUCCAUUGCAAGCCAUGCGGGAUCAGCAUGCACUUCAACAACAAGGAGACCCAUAUCAAAGGAAUCAAGCACAACGAAGCCGUCGCCAACAUUUCCCAAGGCGGGUCUACCCCCCAGAACUCCGGCGCGAGCGGCAGCGGCACUAUCGCUCCUCUGACUGUGCCCCCGCCGCCAGCGCCAGCGCCGCUACAGACUCAUUACCACUGCACGUUCUGCAACAUGACUAUGACCCUGCCCGACUACCAGAACCACAAGUACGGCAAGAAGCACAGAAACAACGAGGCCGCGGCAAAGCAGAGCGGCAUUGCCGUUCCUGUUGCGCCGGCACCUCCCAAGUCAAGAGCCGCGAGCCAGUCAUCCCCAAGAAAGAUAGCCACCGAGAUGCUAGUGACGAAGGUCGGCGGCGAUUUGGUAGUGGAUGUGCUAAAGAUGGACAAGAAUAUCAGGACGGGGUGGUGUGGGAUCUGCCAGGAGGAGGUUUUGCGGACUACGGAGUCGCAUAGGAGUGAGGCAUGGAAAUGCGACCUGUGUGGUAUCACAACCCACGCGGCGUGGAAGGAUCUGCACAUGAACACCCACGACCAGCGGAGAUCGGUGAUCCACAAAGGUGGAAAUGCCUACAGGUUGCUUUAG